AUGAAAUUGAAAAUUUAUCAUCUAUCCAGCAAUGGUUUGCUGUCGUUGUCGAUGUUGUUGCUGUUGUUGGCAGAUGGAUUUCAACAGAUAGCUGCUCAACGAACAAAUAUCGGUCUUAUUUAUGAAACCGAUAAUCCCGAUAUGGCGAAAAUCUUUCAACUGGCCAUUAGCAAAGCCAAUGAUGAAAACGAAGAUAUCCGCCUACAUGCUGUGACCAUUGAAAUAGAUGCGGGCGAUGCUUUUGGGACAUCGAAAAAACUUUGCAAAAUCUUACGGCAAAAUCUAGUGGCGGUUUUUGGUCCAACAACAGAUAUGGCUGCCAAGCAUGCCAUGAGUAUUUGUGAUGCCAAAGAGUUGCCAUUUGUGGAUUCACGUUGGGAUUUCGGUGCUCAAUUGUCGACAAUUAAUUUACAUCCACAUCCAUCACAGCUGGCCAAGGCCUUGAAAGAUGUGGUUACAACCUUUGGCUGGGAAACAUUUACCAUUAUCUAUGAAUCAGGAGAAUAUCUCAUGUUUGUUAAGGAGCUACUUGAACUAUAUGGCACCAGUGGCCCCACAAUUGUUGUACGCCGCUAUGAACUUGACCUCAAUGGUAAUUAUCGUAAUGUUUUGCGGCGCAUAAAAAACUCUGGUGAAAGUUCAUUUGUGGUGGUGGGAUCUCUGAAUACCUUGCCUGAAUUAUUAAAACAGGCCCAACAAGUUGGCAUUAUGACUGGAGCGUAUCGUUACAUAAUUGGUAAUCUGGAUUUUCAAACAAUCGAUUUGGAACCAUAUCAGCAUGGUGAUACAAAUAUUACAGCAUUUCGGGUGAUCUCACCCGAAUCGGAAAAUGUUGCAGAGGUAGCCAAAAUGUUAUAUGAAUCUGAAGAGCCGUUUCAAAAUGUGUCAUGUCCUUUGACUGUUAACAUGGCUUUGGUUUACGACGGUGUCCAGUUGCUGGCCGAGACAUUCAAGCAUGUUCAGUUUCGUCCCGAGGCUUUAAAUUGUAACGAUGACAGUUCAUGGGAUAAAGGAUAUACGUUAGUCAAUUAUAUGAAAUCGUUAACCAUUGAAGGUCUCAGUGGAGAAAUAAAAUUCGAUUACGAAGGUCUGAGAAGUGACUUCACAUUGGAGCUGAUAGAACUAAGUGUAUCGGGUGUACAGAAGAUUGGCUCAUGGCGGCCUGACGAAGGUGUAACCAUUGAUCGCCCACCACCCACUGUUAGCGGUGAACCGGAUAUGCGUUCCUUGGUUAAUAAAAGUUUUGUUGUUAUUACGGCCAUUAGUGAACCUUAUGGCAUGCUGAAGGAUGUACCCCACAAACUGGAAGGCAAUGAUCAAUUUGAAGGUUUUGGUAUUGAACUCAUUGAAGAAUUGGGCAAGAAAUUGGGAUUCUCUUACACUUUUCGCCUGCAAGAGGACAACAAAUAUGGCAGUUUGGAUGCCAAGACUGGCAAAUGGAAUGGCAUGAUUUUAGAAAUAAUGGAGGGGCGUGCCGAUUUGGGUAUUACCGAUUUAACCAUGACUUCUGAUCGUGAAAGUGCUGUUGAUUUUACAAUUCCAUUUAUGAAUUUGGGCAUUGCAAUCUUAUUUCGCAAACCAAUGAAGGAGCCCCCAAAACUAUUCUCAUUCAUGUCACCGUUUUCGGGUGAUGUCUGGCUUUGGCUGGGCAUUGCAUACGUGAUGGUGGCACUGAGCAUGUUUGUGCUGGGUCGCAUCUCACCACCUGAAUGGGAUAAUCCGUAUCCUUGUGUUGAGGAGCCUACCGAACUGGAGAACCAAUUUACUUUUAUUAAUUGCUUUUGGUAUGCCAUGGGGACCCUGCUGCAGCAAGGCUCAGAAUUAGCAGCGAAAGGCUUUUCGACAAGAGCAGUUGCCUCUUUUUGGUCCUUCUUCACCCUUAUAUUGGUCUCAUCAUACACAGCCAAUUUGGCCGCUUUCUUAACCAUCGAAUCCCUAAGUACACCCAUUGAAAAUGUUGAAGAUUUGGCGGCAAACAAAGGUGGUGUCAAUUACGGCGCCAAACAUGGUGGAAGUACAUCGACAUUUUUUAAGGACGCCAAAUAUCCUACAUACCAGAAAAUGAAUGAAUUUAUGACAAGCCAUCCGGAAUAUAUGACAUCAACAAAUGCCGAAGGUGUUGAACGUGUCGAGAAAGAGAACUAUGCCUUUCUAAUGGAAUCGACGACCAUUGAAUAUAUUACGGAGCGACGUUGCAGUUUAACGCAGGUCGGUUCGUUGUUGGAUGAAAAAGGAUAUGGCAUUGCAAUGCGUAAAAAUUGGCCCUAUCGUAACAUUCUCAGUCAAGCGGUUUUGGAGCUGCAGGAACAAGGCGUAUUGGCCAAAAUGAAAACAAAAUGGUGGAAAGAGAAACGUGGCGGUGGUGCUUGUGCGGCUGGUACAUCGGAAAGCGGAGCUGUGGCCUUGGAAUUUAGCAAUUUGGGUGGUGUUUUCUUGGUAACAAUUGUGGGCUGUGUAUUUGGCAUAUUCGUAUCCGUUUUGGAAAUGUUAAUUGGCGUGAAACAGCGUUGUGACGAAAAUAAGGUACCCUUCAGGGAUGAAUUAAUGGACGAAAUACGUUUUGUCAUGAAAUGUUCGGGUAAUACGAAACCAGCGAAAUAUCCAAAAUCUUCAAGUUCCAAAUCGUCGGCAGUCUCUAAACGUUCAUCGUCAUCGAUGUCUGUCACCUCUUUGGCAACUGAUAAUCAACAAUUACAUAAACGUAAAUCGAUUAAAUAA